AUGGCCGUCCUUGAAAUGUGCAGCUCGACCGAGCACCACGAAACCACCACCACUUCCAGCUGGACGGCCCUGCCCAUCGAAAUUCGUGACACAAUCCUCGGCUAUGUCACAUCGGAAAAGUACACCGGCUGGUCGACUCUCGCCUACGUCAGCCGCGACUGGCAAGCCCACAUCGAGAAAAUCAACUUCCGCAGCAUAAGACUACGACAGCAAUGUCUCGACUGCUUCGCACGUAUCUGCAGCGCGCCGCGCAUUCCCAGACUCAUCAGGCACAUCCACCUAAUCGUCGAACUGCGUCGCUACUCGGCCGAGCAUGCCGAGUGGCUGGAUGCCGUGCCCACAUUCGCUCCGUCCAGAAUCGUCGACGUGUCUGUGAAGGAGCUCCUGAAGAUUCUCAGCAGUUGGGAGAAGUCGGGCGAUCUGACCCUCGAGCUGCACGCAUACUCCCCGAGCGACGAAGAAAAUUGGUUCAGGCCACUACUGCUCAACUCUGAACCGGAGGACAUUGAGGACAGCCAAGGUCCCGUCCAUUGCGAUAAUUAUGACUCGGACUCGGACGACGAGUACGCAUACGAGGAGGAGGAUGCACACGAAGACGAUAACCAUGAGGAGGAAUCCAACGAAACACGAUCCGAGCGGAACCCUGAGGCUUCCGGAUCUACAGACCCCUCAGUGCAGCAGUAUUAUUGGGAGGUAUUUUCCCCAAUCCAACCAUUCGCAGCAACGCCCCGCGAUACGAUCAACAAGAUAUACCGACCCAUCAUCCUCGAAAACGGCGAGCACCAGCCAAUCAUACGAGUCAGCGCAGUCACGAGACUGGUGAUACUACGACAGCUGCGCCGAACGCUGAUGCCAAGAAGCCUCAAGUUCCUGAUGGAGAGCUUCGGUCAAAACCUAGAGCACAUCGAGUACGAGCCGUGGGCAUCUUUCGAAAGCGAUGCACAGCGCCAGGCUCGAGCAGAAGAACUGGCUUCUACGCUAUACCACCCGUGCCUGGACAAGCUGAAAAGCCUGACCCUCUUCGAGGAGGCCCAGCACUUGUACAAGUUCCGAUACGGCCGGAACUCGACCGAGUACAUCGACAAGGACGCGACCGCCCUCCUGACGCCCUACGCAGUCGACUACAGGACCGGCCUGGCGGCGAGCCUCGCCCGGCGGAGCCUGGCCCUCGAGCACCUCUCGGCCUCCUUCAUGGUGUGCGCCGAGUCCUUCUUCGCCAAGUGCCUCCCGGAGUGGACGUGGCCGAAGCUGCGCACGUUGUCGCUCACAGCGCAGCUCCUCGGGCCGCUGGGCGAAGAAGCCAUGCGGGACCACUCAGACGACGACGACGAACACCGCCGCAUGGUGCUGGACUGGCACCUGCGCCGUGUCGCCGAGGUCGCGCGGCGGAUGCCCAAGCUCGAGACCCUGGUGCUGUGGACCGGCGGGGAGCUGCAUGCCUGCGCGUUCGUCUACCAGCGCUGCUGUGCCAAGGAGCGGCAUGCCAGACUGACGUGGCGAGGGACGGAGUGGUCUGAGCUGGCCGGAUCGGUGGUCAGGGCGUGGCAGAAAACGGCUCAAGUUCAUGCGGGAGACAUCGUGCUGGGCGACAUUGUGGUCUGUCACGAGCGCGUCUCUGCCGAGCUGGUCGGGUCGCAUGCGGAUGCCAUCUAUCAUCUGGCAUUGCCGUGUCAGGUGGUGAACCCCGUGUCGCUUUGGCAGAUGCAGAAGGAGGCGACCCCGUAUUAUGAUGUGAGCGGAACGUGGCUCUGA